AUGCCGACGACACGCUUGCAACUUGCUGGUCUCGACAACGAGCGACUCAAGCCCUUCCCCACUCCCUUCUUCGUUCCCAGUACAGCGCCCUACACGCUUCAGGAGAUCGACAUGAUGGCCUUGUCGUACUCGAUUCGCUCGAAGCCCAACUGGCAGCGGAAAUACCGCGACCCAGAGAUCAGGGCCAAAUGGCGGCACGAAGCGCUCAACACGGAGCUGGAGGACCGCGCGUACGCAGGGCGGCCGGAGGAGAGCGAGGAGCAUUACUACGACCGCGAGGUGGAGAACCUCGAGAGGCCGCGCCUGACGGAGAAGAUGGUCGACUACGUCCUCGACGAGCUCGCCUGGCACGACGAGAUGCUCAAGCAGACGUGCGGUGUCGCGGCUUCGUGCUUCACCGGCAUCUACGAAUCCGACAUGCUUGUUCCCGCCAACUUGCGCGAAGAGCUUGCUCAAGCCGCCCUCGAGCUCGAGAACAACCCGCCUUUCGGCGAACCGGACUGGCACCCCCGCUCGAACGAGCACGUCCUCGACCUCGUUCAUCCGUCCCUGUUCCCGCUCGUCUACGGCAAGUCGCUCGUGCUCGAGGCAGACGGAAAAGGUACCAAGACGGCCGAGGCGCCAAGCAAGGGCCAUUGGGACCAUCUGUCGGAGAAGUACGCGUGGCUACCUUCCGACUUUGACGUUGAUGUCGAAGGGAAUGUCACUAUCUUGUCCUACAUCAACAAUCUCCAUCGCGUCCGGCACGCCCGGCUGUACCCCAUCCUCGCCGGCGUCUUCGAGCGCUUCAUCCCGCUCUUCGAAGGUGUCCUCUCCGACCUCCAGCAACCUCCACCUCGCCGCAUCGCUGUCGACUGGCAAGUGUCAUCAACCUGGUUCGGCGAAGAACCCGAUUGGCAGGACGAAGAAGCUUAUGAGAAGUGGGAGGAGACGAAGCAGAUCACGUUGCCUGAGCCGGAGCCGUUCUCGAUGCCCAAUCCGGUCAUUCCGCCUCCUGCCUUCCCGCUCAAGGGCCGCAAGCUGCACGUCAUCGUCAAGCUCGCCAACAUCCACCUCACGCCUGAGAAGCCCGAGUACGCCGGCGGCGUCUGGCACGUCGAGGGUAUGCAGAACGAGGCGAUUGUCGCGAGCGGCAUUUACUACUUCGCUCUGGAGAACAUCGGCGAGAGCAAGCUGAGCUUCCGGGGCACGUUCGACGAAUCCGAGGUUCCGUACGAACAGAACGAUACGAAGGGCGUCAAGCUUGUCUGGGGACUCGACCCCGACGGUUCCUGCGUCCAGUACUACAACUCGCUCGCGACGUGGGAUGGACGCGCCAUCGCCUUUCCCAACCUCUACCAGCACCGCGUGUCGCCCUUCUCGCUCGUCGACCGCUCCAAGCCCGGCUACCGCAAAAUCCUCUGCUUCUUCCUCGUUGAUCCGCUUGAGUCUGCAUGCGGUAACGUCAUCUCGACCGCGCGUGUGGCGCCGCAGCAGCGCGACUGGCUCGCGGACGAGCUCGACGGUCUCCCUCAGGCGGUCAGGGGUCGCCUGCCGACGGAGCUUUGGCAGCGCACGAUGGAAGAGGUCGAAGGAACGUUCACGCUGAAGGAGGCGAAGGAGAUUCGCGAAGAUCUGAUGCACGAGCGGAAGUACCUUGUCGACUCGAAUACGAAGGAUGUCUUCGAACGCGAGUUUUCGCUGUGUGAGCACUAG